AUGUCCAACCGAACCACCUUGACCCAUUUCCUUCUCCUUGGAUUCUCUGAUGUUUGGGAGCUGCAGAUUUUGCACUUUCUGGUAUUCCUGGUGAUUUACCUGGCAGCCCUGAUGGAGAACCUUCUCAUCAUCCUAGCUGUAGACCUUGCCCACCAUCUGCAUACUCCCAUGUACUUAUUUCUGGUGAACCUGUCCCUUAUAGACCUCAGAUUGAUCUCUGUCACCAUCCUCAAAUCCAUGGUCAAUUCUCUAAUCAACUCCAGCUCAAUUUCCUAUGCUGCAUGUGUUACCAAAAUCUUUUUCCUCAUCUUCUUGAUGGGAGCAGAUUUUUCCCUUCUCACUAUCAUGGCGUACAACCGAUACAUCACCAUCUGCCAACCACUGCACUACGAGAGUGUGAAGAACAGGAAAGCUUGUGUCCAAAUGGCAGCCAGUGCCUGGAUCGGUGGAUUUCUUUACUUUGCACUGCACACCGGGAACACAUUUGCAGUAACAUUCUGUGCAGGCAACAUGGUGGAUCAGUUCUUCUGUGAAAUCCCCCAGCUCCUCAAACUUGCUUGCUCUAACUUGUACUUCAGUGAAAUUCGGGCUCUCAUCUUUAGUGCAUGCAUAGUCUGA